UUUAGAGCCACUGAAUGAAGAUGAUGAUUAUGAAGCGAGACCACGUUCAUUAUCUUCCAUACAUAUAAAAAUAACCAAGUAAAAUGUUAUUUGCAUUGCAAGAGUUGGUAAGAUGGCUGGGGCUGACAGUCUUCGAAAUGUUAGUGCAUCUCAUUGCCCUGUUGAUUUUUACUGUUUUUUUGGCACUGCGUUUGGAUGAUGUUGCUUUUGCAUCGACUUUACCUGGUUCUUAUGAUAUAUGGAUAGUGUUUUCGCCUUUAUUUGUAGCAGAUGCACUAUGUACAUAUUUCAACAUUAUUGUUUUGAUACGUCUUUACAUUGAAGGUCAUAUCAAAGAAGCUAUUGCAAGAACUAUCUGGUCAUCAGCAUUGUUGUUUGUGUGGGCUUUAUUUAAAGUAUUACUUUGUAGAAGAUUAGCAGGACUUUCAAACCUGGAUUAUUCAGAAAUUAUGUCUCCCAUAUUUCUUGUGUUACAACUUAUUGCCAUACGUGCAUGUCAGUUACAUUAAUAACAUAAAAUAUAUUUUCUUGUAAAUUUAAAUUAUAAAUAAAAUAUUUUUUUUACACGA